UGUCAUGUGAUCAGCUGUGUCCAAUCACAGCUGAUCACAUGUAAACAAGGAAAUGCCGGUUAUAGGUAGUCCUCUCCUCACGCUGACAGCAUGUGAGGAUAGGAGAGCUGCACUGUCAGUGCCCAUCAAUGGCACCUGUCAGUGCCCUAUCAAUGCAACAUACCAGAGCCCAUUAGUGCCUGUCAGUGCCACCUAACAGUUCCAAUCAGUGCUGCUUAUCAGUGCCAGUCAGUGCUGCCUAUCAGUGCCCAUCAGUGAUG